AUGAGUGACGAGGAUAGUGGGGAGUAUUUGGAUACACUGGCGAACAGGCGUCUUCCCUCGACAUUAGUGAGUAAUUUAUGUGACAAUGACGGCGACGCGGAUACGUUAAACAGUAGCACCUCUACCGCGGGGCCACCGGGCUUUCGUCGGACAGGUCGCUACCAAAACCGCCCCUGGGAGACUGGAUCUAACACAAGCUGCAGUUCCCCCAGCAGUGCGACGCAGCAAAGAUACGGGCGAACUGGUGCAUUCAAAAAUAAUGGAAGCUACCGUUCCGUGUACUCGAAUAAACAGUGCUCGACAGGCAAAAGACGCAGUAUGAGUAAUGCCAGCACAGUCGUCAGCCUCAUUGGUAGCGUCCCUGAGUGGAGCCGAUCAUUCUGUCUCUUUAAUCCAUGGCGGGCGGCUGCAGCGUCGCGAUCAUCGUUCCACUAUGCUAACCAAGCGUUGUUUGCUGGGAAACAUGUUGUUCCAGGCCCUGGGGGAUCAUUGUCGUCAAGCAUAACCCCUGGAGCAGCACCGAUAGGACUUGAAAAUCACCGCCGUUCUGUCUCUUUUGGUGUGUCGCAGAAUCAUAAUGUUGGGCCCGGUGGAGAAGGUUAUGCUGGCCGCAGCACAAGUACACUCUUUUAUACUGGCCACUUGUCACCUUCCUCUGUGUCAACUAGUCCAAUCAUCGGGGGCCAUCGAAGUGGGCGUCAAUCUAUGCUGUGGGGAACAUCAACUCCUACAAUGACGGCGUUCCAUGCGGUUGGUGGUGCGGCGUGGCAGCUUGGUAAAGGAGUUACAGGGAAUAUUUCACCUGCAAGGAAGGAGUUAGCAACGCUGUUACCUUCAUUUUGUUCUUAUUUGAGUCUGGUUGGAAAGCCAGUUAUCAGCGGUAAUGCUGACCACCCGAUGGAUAUGCGUAAGGGACCACUGAUUGGGGUAGGAGGAUUUGCCAAGGUGUAUGCUGGCAUGGAUUGCGUGAGUGGAAGGCUUGUAGCUAUCAAGGAGAUAAAUAUUGCGGAGAUUAAUGAUCAAGCGGCAUUAAAUGCGAUUGGUAAAGAAUUUGGCUUACUUAAAUCUCUUCGACAUCCCAAUAUUGUGUCAUAUCAACUUUUUGAACAUAGCGCGUCACAGAAGGUAUGCCGCAUUGUCAUGGAGUUGCUUACCGGCGGCUCGACGCUGGCUCUCCUUGAAAAAUACGGUCCACUAAGAGAACCUAUUCUCCGCAAAUUUGCCCGUCACCUUCUAGAAGCCAUUGCAUUUAUCCACAAGGAGGGCAUUUCACAUCGAGAUAUUAAACCGGCGAAUAUUCUUGUAAGCGACCGUGGUGUCGUGAAGUUGUGUGAUUUUGGUUGUAGUAAACGUGUGAAUGAGCUGAGCAAAUCUACAAACUGCGUCAUUGGGACUCCUCUUUACAUGUCCCCUGAAUUUAUUAAAGGCGAAUUUAAUCCUAAGUCAGACAUUUGGUCUAUGGCAUGCUCGCUUUUUGAAUUAGGGACCGGUCUGUUGCCGUGGCACCAUGCGAAAGUUCGUGACAACCUCCCACUUAUGUUUUAUAUCACCACUACAAGUGAAACGCCACUCACAAAUCUUCCACAGGACGAUGUCCAGGAAUUCAGUCUUGAAUUUAAGGACUUUAUGGAACAGUGCUUUAUCAGAGAUGUGAAACAGAGACCCGAUGCAGCGGAUUUAUUGGAUCACCCGUGGAUAAAGGGUGCUCGUUUGAGCCCGGCGCACAACUCUUUUUCCGUUCCUUUUCCUGGCGGUGCUAACAGUCCUACUUGGCCAUUGGUAACACGUCCGGCCGAGGAAGAGUUCUUCUGUCAGUAUGAGCUCGAGGAAGUGGCAGCUUAUAUUUCAGUUGAUAUGUGCAGCGCGUGGAUGUUGAAAAUUGGUACGGGUCUGCCCUCUAUCUUGUUUUCCUCUCAAAUGCAUCAGCAGCAGCAGCAGCAACAAUCGCAAUCGCAGCAACAUUAUCUGUCAUUGCAGACGGAUAUUCGUUCUAGAAGCGAGGAAAUAUCACCACAACAAAAUCCAAUAGAACAACGUCAUUUGGAAUCACAGGGAGCGAUAUCAGGCAGCCAAUGUCACAGUCCAGCGGUGAGCUCCCGUGGUGGUGGCUGGGUUUCCGUAAGUCCUACUGUCACAGUAGAUGCCGCGCAGAAUGAUCAAUUUAAUUACUCAAUUCCAUUAGGGGCGUCGGAAGGGCGUUUUGUCCUACCAUCUUACAGUACAUCCAUGAUGCUUCCUUCAGCAGCACAGUACCUUCGUAUUAAUGCUGAUGGCAGCCUUGACUUUGUCCCGGUGGAUGAGGAAACGGUGGAGGUGGAUGCCGAUGUGGAUGACGCGUUUGCUUACUCUCAUGAACACUUCUUUAACCGAUCUCCUAGCUCUAAUUUUGCAUUUAGAAGCAGCUCACCCCCUGGUGUUGCUGCAACUGUGCACGCUCAUGAGGGACAUUCUCGUCAUUGCAGCCCUGGUAACCUCAAUAACAACAUUAGUCAUUCCGCCAUUUCUGCUGGAAGGAGCCCUGCUAAUCGCAAUGCCCGUCAUGGACCUGCGGUUUAUAAUCAGAGUAUGUCUUUGAUGUCCAACUCAUCCUUUCCAUCUCGUGGAGUUUCACCAUCACGUCGUUCGCAAACCGCGUCAACGGCAUCGCUGACAGCCUCUCAGCACCUUCCGACUCUUCUUAUGAUGACUGGCUCAAUAUCUGUUUUCGCUGGGGCUUCUAUGAACCACAGCAGUGAUGAUGUCUCAGCAGAAGCUCAGGGUGGUGUGCCAUCUAGCUCAACUCUAUCCCGUUUUCCAGAUAGCAUUCGUGAUGCAGGAGGUCGCUUACAUAUGUCGCUUUCCGUUCCAACAGGAGGUUCAGAUCGCCGUGUGAAUAUUGAGCUUAGUGUUGACCCGGAAGACGUACAUUGCAAAUAUAUUGAACGUCGACCAAGUUACGUGGUGGCGUUUAGUGAAGACAUUAGGGCUCAGCUUGCUGCCAAGAUGAACGAACUGGCACCGAGCAGUGUGAGCAGCCCAAUUGAAAGUCAAUGGGCUUGGGCAGGGAGUAGUACAAGUCGUUGCGUUUCUCGUAGUGCGCAAGCACUCAGUAGCCAGUCUUUUUCUCCUAGGUAG